UCCUAGAGUAGGGAGGUGGGAGGUGGCUGGCUGACUUGCUGAGGGACAGGAUGCUGGCCAUAAGGGGCCAAGGCCAGCCCUGCACCUGGGCCUCCUCCAGCCAGUGCUGACCAGGGGCUUCUCACCUGCUGACCAGCCAGGACGGGUCGAACAGGCCCUCCUCCUGUCCAUCUCAGCUCCAGACCGAAGGAAAUUCAGGAGGAUCACAGAGCCAUCAUGGAUCCUGACAGUGACCAACCCCUGAACAGCCCUGAUGCCACUGCCCCGGGCAAACCCCGCACUCCCCUGGAGACCUUCAAAAAGGUGGGGAUCCCCAUCAUCGCGGUACUGCUGAGCCUGGCGACCAUUGCCACUGUGGCAAUCCUCAUCAAGGUGAUUCUGGAUAAAUACUACUUCAUCUGCGGCCACCCCCUGCACUUCCUCCCGAGGUCACAGGUGUGUGAUGGACAUCCGGACUGUGCCUCGGGAGAGGAUGAGGAGCCCUGUGUCAAGGACUUUCCCGAGAGGCCUGCAGUGGGAGUCCGCCUUUCCAAGGACCGAUCCACCCUGCAGGUGCUGGACCCGACCACAGGGAACUGGGCUUCUGCCUGUUUCGACAACUUCACAGAAGCUCUGGCCAAGACAGCUUGUGGGCAAAUGGGCUACAACAGUCAACCCACUUUCAGAGCUGUGGAGAUUGGCCCAGACCAAGAUCUGAAUGUUGUUAAAGUGACAGAAAACAGCCAGGAGCUUCAGGUGCAGAACUCAAGUGGACCCUGUCUCUCAAGCUCCCUGGUUGCCCUGCACUGCCUUGCCUGUGGGAGGAGCCUGAAGGCUCCUCGGGUGGUGGGUGGAGAGGAGGCCUCUGUGGAUUCUUGGCCUUGGCAGGUCAGCCUCCAGUACAGUAAGCAACAUGUCUGUGGAGGAAGCAUCCUGGAUCCCCACUGGAUCCUCACGGCAGCCCACUGCUUCAGGAAUUACCGCGAUGUGUCCAAUUGGAAGGUGAGGGUUGGCUCAGACAAACUGAGCAGCUUCCCAUCCCUACCUGUGGUCAAGAUCUUCAUCACUGAGCACAACACUUUGUAUCCCAAAGAGAAGGACAUUGCCCUUGUGAAGCUACAGUACCCACUGACAUUCUCAGGCACAGUCAGGCCCAUCUGCCUGCCCUUCUUUGACGAGGAACUCGCUCCAGACACCCAACUCUGGACCGUUGGAUGGGGCUUUACGGAGCAGAAUGGCGGGGAGAUGUCUGACACACUGCUGCAGGCGUCAGUCCAGGUCAUUGACCACACACGGUGCAAUGCAGAGGAUGCUUACCAGGGAGAAGUCACUGAGACGAUGCUAUGUGCAGGCGUCCCAGGAGGUGGCGUGGACACCUGCCAGGGUGACAGCGGUGGACCCCUGAUGUACCAAUCCGUCCAGUGGCAGGUGGUGGGCAUCGUGAGCUGGGGCCAUGGCUGUGGGGGCCCGACUACCCCAGGAGUGUACACCAAGGUCACAGCCUUUCUCAACUGGAUCUACAGUGUGUGGAAGUCUGAGAUGUAAGGCUGCUGUCCCUCUGCAGUGUUGAAAGCUGCUGCUCUUCAGUCCUGUCCCCUGAGGAUCCCCCAGAAAUCCCACACUAGGGCUCAUCUCUUGGCCUGCAUCUCAGCAUUUCCUACAGCAACAAAGGGACUCCGUUUGCAAGACCCUCACACCUCAGAGGCACCCAGAAGGAAGUCAGCUGCCCUACCUCAGUCAGCCCCAAUGCUUCCAGAAUCCCAGGAAGAGAUGCAGCCCACUGAAUGGAGCCAGCUAUGGACUCAGAGGCACUGUUAACCAAGGAGGAACGUUCCCCCUCUACUGAAUGGAAGAAGCCUCUUUUGCAAGAACCCAGAUAACCAGGGCUGGAGAAGAGGAGAAGAGGGUCUGACUAGCCUUCUCCCUUCUCCUCCCAGUCCCAAGCCCACUGGAACAAGAGGCCAGGGGUAAUGGAAAUGCAUUGCCCUGCCAUUGGCAUGACUACUGUUGCCUACAGCUGCUAGUAUUGUUACUUCUAUGCGUCGUUGUCAUUAAACAGUGAAGUCUUUGGUACAUG